UAAACAGCAGCAGCGAUCCGGGAGAACGCCAACGCCAUAUACAUAUAUAUAAGACUGAAGUAGCACGAUUGGCGGGAAUCGCUGGGGCACGCGUCAUGGCGGACGGCGUACCGUCGCCGCCAUUGGUCGGCGGGACACGUGACGCGCGACUCGACGUAAUGUCGGACGACAUAACCUGUACCCGUCACCGCUCACCGCCCGCCGAGUAAGAGAAACUCUGAGAGAAACGAAACGAAGCGAGUUGUCCCCGACGUUGGAAAAAUGUUACACAUCAGAGCAGUGGGAGUGCGAAUGGCCAGCACAUCAGCGGCCACAAGCGCAACUGGGAAGAUACUGGAUUCGAUAAUAAGAGUCGACCAUGCUGGCGAAUUGGGAGCGGAUAGAAUAUACGCCGGACAAAUGGCCGUAUUAGGCAAGACGACGGUCGGACCGACGAUACAACACAUGUGGGAUCAAGAGAAACGACAUCGCGCCAAGUUUGAGGAACUAAUUCGCAAGUACCGGGUCAGACCCACUGUUCUUACGCCGCUAUGGAAUAUCGCCGGUUUCGCCCUAGGUGCUGGUACUGCUCUCAUGGGUGAAAAAGCAGCAAUGGCAUGCACCGUGGCGGUGGAAACCGUGAUCGUCGAACACUACAACGAUCAGUUACGCACAUUGAUGGAGGACAAGGACAGGAACAUAGAUGAGGAGAUACUCGAGACCAUCAAAAAAUUUCGCGACGAAGAACAGGAGCAUCAUGAUACGGGCAUAGAUCAUGGCGCAGAACAAGCGCCUUUUUAUCAAGCUUUAACGAAUGUGAUCAAGUUUGGUUGUAAAACGGCUAUAUCCAUUUCCAAAGUGAUAUGAAUGCAUUCCCCAUUAAACAGAAUAUUAUUGUAGAUAUUGUAAAUUAUAAUUAAGUAGGGUCCUUGAUAUCCUGGCGGGCACGAGCACACACCCGGUGCCGUGCAAUUACCACCAUUCAUACACUUUGGAUAACAAAGCGCUUUGUUGCAAUGAGGUGGCCCUAGAUAACCAUCCGGACAAGGACCAGGAUUAGGCUCUGUAAGAAAUACAUCAAAGUUAAAAGAAAUAUAUAUUGCUGCAGUACACCUAUAUACACACACACAUAUGUAUUCAACAAUUCAAAUCUCUGUAUAAAUUCUAUUAAAAACAGAAUAUUCUAGUAACAGA